UUCAGUUGGCUGCGAGUCCUUGCGCCGUUCGAAUCGCGGGCAAAUCGCAACACCACCCACUCGAUCGCAGUCCAUUCUCCACCACUCACCACCCACCGCCCACCUGCCUCUCCGGUCGCAAGGUUGGCAAAAUACAGUUAUUCGAGCGCGAAUCCGCGGUGGCUGAUUUUUUGAAUUGAAUAUAUGAAAGUUGCAAGUCGCGUGAGUCCUUCGUGUGCACAAAAAGGGAUAUUUAUUUGCCAAGGCACUGUGACAGUGUAUGUGUAUGUGUGUGUGUGUGUGCGUGCGUGCUUGUCUUGUGUCGUGUCGGGUCAGUUGAGCGUUCAAGGACUCUGCUGCAGCAACUACAAAAUAGCAAGCAAAAAAAAAAAAAAAAUACCAGUUCCAGAACAACAAUAUGUGUGUAAUAAAGGCGAGAAACGUGACAGCAGCGUGCCAAUAGGCGGAGGCAUUGAAAGGCUGAAAAGAACACACAUUUGAGAGCCAGAGCCAGAGAAAGCGAACCAAAACCGAACCGAGAAAAUAUUGCAGUGAAACAAAGCCUGCUCUUUUCUGGCCCGCCAUGCAUUUCUGGAUUGACAAACGAUCGCAGCAGUGCGGAUUUGGGCGUUCUCGGGUUGCGGCUUCUUUGUCGCACGCUGGGAGCGGACUCAGCUAUGGUCAUCCGCCACGAAGGACCAAGUCCACCAGCUGCAGCAGCAACAGUGCUGGAAGCAGCGGACAAACCAUGCCCUCGGUGCACAGAUCCCUGCCGCAGACGCCCUACGAUCUUCAUCAGCCGGGCACAAGUCGCCAAUCGCAGUCGUCGUAUGGCAACAACAAUUCCCUGCAUGGCCAACAGCAGCAGCACCAUCAGCACCAGCAGCAGCAGCAGCAACACAUGUUGCAGCAACAUUCCAGCGGUGGUGGCACCAGCAACAACAAUAAUCUGUCUGCCACCGGCACAACAACAACUGCCAGCAACAAUAACAAUGCCAGCGGAAUAGCCUCCUCGGCGGCUGUCCUCACGGGAAGUGGAACCAUCGUACCCCUGGUGGCACGUGGGUCGCACUACAAUCACCACGGCAGCACGCGUUACCAGCCGCGAAGCCAGCAGCAGCAGCAGCAACUCGUGCACCAUCAGCAGCAGCAACAUCAGCAACAGCAGCAGCAACACUACAGCUAUCACCAUCCACAGUUUGGCAACAUGGCUGUUCCCAUGAGGCAUUACGAUGCACAUCAGCAACAGCAACAGCAGCAAUAUUCGGGCAAUGUCUAUGCCGAUGAUGCCUACAGCGCCUAUCACCAUACCGCCCAUCACCAGCACAGCAGCAAUCACUCGACCAGCGGUAGCAACAGCAACAGCCAGCGACAGCCGACCGCCUACGCCACGCCCCGUCGCCACAACUCCAGCAGCAACAUGCGACACACCAGUGCAGCGGUAACAUCAGGGACAGCAGCAGCAGCAGCGGCAACAGAAGCAGCAACUGUCUCCAGUCCAGCGGCAACAGUGGCUGCUGCGCCCGCAACAACGCACAGCAACCAGUUGCAGCAGCAACAUCAUGCAUUGCUGCAGCACGCGGACUCGCAACUGCUGCCCAGCCACCUGAAAUGCGGCAUGUGCGCCUCGCUGGUGUUGGCCUCCGUUUUUGUGGCCGGAACGAAGUUCUACUUCGACCACCAGGGCACUGGGCUCGAGGUGCUGAUCUUCUGCGCCUUCUCGGCCACCUUCUUCCUGGCCGCCUGCCUGGUCAGUCUGUGCCGGAUUCCCAAGGGCCUGCUCUCGACCUCCAAUCGCUCGGAUGGUCGUGCAGCGGUGUGCCACAGUCGCGGGGUGAACUCCAACCUGGCCGGCUCGGGAUUGGGUGCGGGAUCGGGAUCGGGAACGGCCCAGUCCGCCGGCUGUCUGCUGGAGAUGAGCGAGGUGCGGUACCUGGAGGAGCGGCAACUGACCACGGCGGCCACAGCCGGUCCGCCACCCUACCAUAUAGCCAUAUUGCUGCCGGAACAGACGCCGGCGGCGAUGGGCAAACAACUGCCGUUGGAUGAGUCACCGCCGCCCUCGUACGACAAGAUUCUCGUAUAGGCUGUCGAGGAAUUGAGCCUCACUUCGAGUUCGCCAGCCCCCAUCCCUGACAUCCCCUCGAUGUACAAUGCCAAGUACUUUUGCUCAGUAUUUUUCUAAAAAAAAAAAAAAAAGAAGAACGAUAUCACAGUUUAUAUGAACAUUUACACGGCAUAGCUAUAUAUAUAUAUAUAUCAGAUAAACAUAUAUGCAUACACGUAUAUUUACUCCUAAGCUCUGAAUAAUAUUUUUACACUUUCUAUGCCCCGUACUAGAAACCAAACUCUUCCACUCCAGACCCGAACAUGUCAUAUUCUACUGUCAUUUUUGUUCUGUGAUAUGCUCAAGAGAUCAAGAAAUCAUAAGCGAGAUCAAAGUGUGUUAAACCAUUAGCUACACAACACGACAAGCCAAUGCAACGAGAAAAUAUGUAGAAAUAGCUGAUACAGAAAAUAGUGAGGUCAAGCAGCAGUAUUAGUAGGCAGUUAAGUAACAAAUAAAUAACCAAUCAAUUGCCCAGUUCUCUUACGAAAUGUGAAAACAGUGUGCAAUAUAUUAAGUAAAUACGACAUAUAUUAAAUUAAUAAAAUGAACUUAAAUGUA